AUGCCUAAAAAGAAAAAAGGGGGAAAUUUAUAUAAAGUGAGUAACGAAGGAAGGCGCUCACGACAAAGAAAAAAAAUUCAAACUGUUGAGGAAAGGUCGAAACGACUUGAAGAUAAUGCUCAGAGACAUGCUCAGAAGAGGGUAAAUGAAAAUGAUGACGUACGGUCUCUACGACUUGAAGAUGAUGCUCAGAGACAUGUUCAUAAGAGGAGAUGUGGAAAUGAUGACGCACGGUCUCAACGACUUGAAGACGAUGCACAGAGACAUGCUCAGAGAAGGCACCAAUGCAGACAAUUAAAUCGACAUAUUGCGCUAAUUGCCAAGGGCAAUGAAUUGAAUGUGCCUAUUCAUACACUUGGGCAAAUGAAUGUCGAAUGCCAAUUUUGCAAAUCGUUAAAUUUUAAAUGUGAAGAGUCUAAAGAUGGAAAAUUCACAUAUUGUUGCCAAAAGGGCAAGCUUGAAUUAAAUCAGAUAAAUUGUCCGGAUUUUCUGAAAUUAAAUCAGAUAAAUUGUCCUGAUUUUCUGAAAAAGUUAUACAUUGGAAAUGAUUCUGCAUCUGAGAAUUUUCUUAAGAAUAUUCGUUCUUAUAACAGCGCAUUAGCUAUGGUUUCCAUGGGUGCCCCAGGAAAUAGAAAUCCAUUGGAUGUUGUGAACAAUGCUCCUUAUUGCUUGAAGAUUCAUGGGCAAUAUCAUCAUUUGACAUCGACGGCAAUGCGCCCAGCGGAUGGACAAGCUCCGGUGUUUUGCACAGCUUUAUUUUUUAGAGAAGAAGCUAUAAAUUAUAGAAUGAAUAAUAAAGCUAAUCAAGAGUGUGAUUCGGAAAUAAUGAAGAUUUGUCAUGCUUUAUGGACCAAUGCAAUAAAUUUGCCAAAACUUUCAAGAUGA